AGUGAGAUCUCAAAUUGAAAGGCAUAAAUAACAGCGGGAGGGCAUCUACCUCGCACCGACGUCCUCUCCGCGCGGGAGGCGUGCGGACCUCCGCCCCCGCUCCCAGCCAGCGCCGCCGAGCCCCCGCGGACCCCCCGCAGCCCCGCGCCAGCCAUGGAGGAACUCACGGCUUUUGUAUCCAAAUCUUUUGACCAGAAAAGCAAGGAGAGCAGCGGCGGCGGGGGCGGCGGCGGCGGCGGCAAGAAGGAUUCGAUCACGUACAGGGAAGUUUUGGAGAGCGGACUGGCGCGCUCCCGGGAGCUGGGGAGCUCGGAAUCCAGCCUCCAGGACAUUACGGAGGGCAGUGGCCACUGUUCGGUGCAUCUGUUUAAGGACCACGUGGACAACGACAAGGACAAGCUGAAAGAGUUCGGCGCGGGGAGGGCUGCGGAAGGUAAGUAUUACGAGUGCAAGGAGAAGCGCGAGGACGUGAAGUCCGAGGACGAGGACGGCCAGACGAAGCUGAAGCAGCGGCGCAGCCGCACCAACUUCACGCUGGAGCAGCUCAACGAGCUGGAGCGGCUCUUCGACGAGACCCACUACCCCGACGCCUUUAUGCGCGAGGAGCUCAGCCAGCGCCUGGGGCUCUCGGAGGCGCGUGUGCAGGUCUGGUUCCAGAACCGAAGAGCCAAGUGCCGCAAGCAGGAGAACCAGAUGCAUAAAGGCGUUAUCCUGGGCACCGCCAGCCACCUGGACGCCUGCAGGGUGGCGCCCUACGUCAACAUGGGCGCCCUGCGAAUGCCUUUCCAACAGGUCCAGGCGCAGUUGCAGCUGGAAGGCGUGGCGCACGCGCACCCGCACCUACACCCGCACCUGGCGGCGCACGCGCCCUACCUGAUGUUCCCGCCGCCGCCCUUCGGGCUGCCCCUCGCGUCGCUGGCCGAGUCCGCCUCGGCCGCCGCUGUAGUGGCCGCCGCGGCCAAAAGCAACAGCAAGAACUCCAGCAUCGCCGACCUGCGGCUCAAGGCGCGUAAGCACGCCGAGGCCUUGGGGCUCUGACCCGCCGCCAGCCCCGCGCCCAGCCCCGGCCCCACGACCCCGCCCGCGCUGUGUCCUGCACUCGACCCUCCGCGCCCCCGGACGGCCGCACGGAAGCCCCGGAGCGAGGGCGCGGGCCCUCGCGCAGCGGCCUCCCUGCCUGGGGCAGCCCGGGGGCCCACCACUGGCCCAGGGCGGGGGCCUUCCGGGACCUCACGACCCCGCCAGACCCUCGCCGAGACUGUGCGGAAGAGAGCAGGUGAAGGUCAGAGCAGCCAACCCAGCCCUCGGCCGCGCGGUCUGUGCGUCCUGGGACCCUGAGCCCCGGGGAGCCCCGCGCGUCCUCCUCUGCUGCUGGCGCCCCUACCCUGUGCAUGCGCCUCCUACCCACCUUGGGAAGACCAUCGAGUUGACUCCACGCAAAGAUCUGGGACUGGUCUCCGCGGAAGACGCCAGUUCUCGGUUGCCAACAGUUUAACGCGCUGCCACCAAGUCUUCAUCCGAGGAGAGGAGGAGGGGAAGGACCGGUCUGGAUUGCAACGUGGACUUGCGCCUGCCAGGCUAGGGACCCCGUGCUCUGCAGCAAUAACGAAACGCGUCUGCCCACCGACCUCCUCGGGACAAGGUGGGGAGAGGGUGGGGGAGACGUGAAUCUCCCACUGGUGUCCGUACUUGGGGGGACCUCCAUUGCCGGUUUUCAUGCGCACGGCUGGUCCCCGAGCCCCGAGUGUAGGAUUCCUUCUUCUGCCAUAGACCAGGCGACUUUAUAACUUUUCCAGUAUUUGAUUCCGGAAUUCACUUUGUCCCCACCCUUGGGCUGUUUUACCGAAUUCAGAUGCAAAUGACUCGCCUAGAGACGCAGGGGCGCGUGGUUUUUAGGUAUAAUACUGAGGCAGCGUUAACUUUAGUCAAAUGCAAUUAAGUGCAGUAAAAGUGCAAUACUGUAAAUGUUAUAGAUUUAAAAAAAAAAAAAUAGCCGUGCACUCUUGACCCUGUCAGCUUUGGAACUGCGAGGGCAUUACCGCCUCCUGUGUGCUGCGGGC